AUGCGGUAGAUAACCUGGGUCAGACGGCGCUGUACCGCGCGGCUCACUGCGGCCAUCUGCAGACCUGUCGAAUGCUCCUGAGUGCUGGAGGUGACCCGCUCAUCACCUCCCUACAGGGCUUGUCACACUCCCAGCUCGCCAAUGAAAGCAUUCAGGAGAUACUGCAAGAGGGAGCAUGCACAGGCAACUCAGAUACAGACAGGCAGCUGUUAGAAGCCUCCAAAUCAGGAGAUCUGGAAGUCGUAAAGAAGCUCUGUACUCUUCAGAACGUGAACUGUAGAGACGUUGAGGGAAGGCAGUCCACACCUCUGCACUUCGCUACGGGAUACAACCGUGUGGCUGUGGUGGAGUAUCUGCUGCAGCACGGAGCCGAUGUACAUGCUAAAGAUAAGGGGUUUGGGCCUCCAUACAAUG